UUGAUUCAAGAACUGAAGAAAGAAAACUUCGAUUUAAAGCUGAGACUUUACAUGGAACAAAAAGAAAGGGAGGUGAGUCACUGUGGAGUGGGAGUGCAUGCGCAUUGUCGUCCAACUUUUUUUGGUUGCAAAUAAUACUUUGCUACUGCGUAAAUGAAACCACGCUUUUCACCUUUUUGCGAUCGUUCUUGCGUGAAAAUGGCAGAUCUUUUCGCUUCCCAAAGAUAUUCAAUAAAAAAACAAACUCGGUGAUCUAAUGAUAAAACAAUGGUUGAACUCGGUUAUCGCAAAAUAUCGUGAUUUGUGAGUGUCUCGCAGAUCAGUCAUUUGCCUCAGUCUUCAGCUUCGGCACAUAAUUGAUCUGCUCGCCACAGACAAAUCACGAUAUUUUGCUCAACCUCGUCCACUAAUUGUUAAUCAUUAACGAUACCCGCCAUCUUUGCUCGCCCUAAAGGACUGAAGGGAUAGAGCAAUGUCACGUGUUUUCUCAGCUGGCAAACAAGCGAUAAAAUUUGCAAGUGCGGGAAAUCGCGUUCGAGUUUGUUUCUUCUAGACAACAGAAAAUGAACAACUUUUCAUCUUUUCAUCUUUUCAUCACUUUUAAAGACGAUAAUGGCAAAUUAUGGGUGGAAGUGUUCUUUGUUACUUAUUUGGAUGCAGUAUCGACCGUAGACCUCACAGCAAACGAACUCGAAGUGUACAUUUUGCAUUACUAUUAAACCGUCACCUCGUUUUGUUAGAAUAAACAAACUCGACCGCGAUAACUUGUAUUGGCAAAUACUAGAGAAUUUAAGUUUCACGUAUACGGCUAACAGCAAACGUUAGAUUCAGGUUGAGCAUUUCUCAAAAUAGAAAAUGAGCAGAUAAAAACAGCUCAAAACAAUUCUUAUGGAGAAAAAAAUAAUUCAAAGCUAAGGUUGCUACUAUCAGUGUUGAGAGUGUAAGAUAUCACUAAUACGCUGUUGACUUACAAAAAGUUUUGAAAGUUUACUGAAAAAGUUCUAAGUGUUUGUAAACUGAAACUGCUGUUAUGGUCGGCGCCAUUUUGCCAGCAUAAGAUUUUUUCCAAUAAUAAUAAUAAUAAUAAUAAUAAUAAUAAUAAUAAUAAUAAUAAUAAUAAUAAUAUAAAGAAUCAAACGAACAUGAACAAGCUUAAGAGGUUAUAAUUAAAUGAGACAAAGCGGAGCAAGUGAUUAUCUAGUGUACGACUUUAGAUCGUCGUUAUUGAAUUGUGACAAAAUGCUGUCAUGCAGUAUUAACCGAUAAGUUGUUAUUUUACUCUGACAUAAAUGCCGAAAUAUGGCAGCUGGAAUGCGUCGUACAUUUGUCGCAGGAAGGGAUUUAUAAGGUAAUCCAAAGGUAGUCGAAUGAAGUUUGCAAUCUACGACCAAAUAUUCUUUUUCUUUUUUUCUUUUGGAGCCAAGAGAUUUUGCACAUGCACGCAUCCUAAACUUGCUCUUUACUGUGGCCAGGUGUAACAACUGUCUCAAUUUACUUGAUACAGAGAGUAACAGAGGACUUCAAGCAGAAGGUAAUCGUUUUGGAAAGUGAUCUCACAGAGGCUCUAGAUGAACUCAGCGACGCCUUAGAAAGAGAGAAAGAUUUCGAGGCUUGCCUGGAGAGCUCACAGCUCCGUGAAAAAGCGUUAAUGAACAAGGCGCGACGUGUUGAGGAAACUGUAAGAGAACAAGAAAACGAAAUCAAAUUCCUCACUCUGUCUAAACCGAGAGAAAAGGCGAGUGAGAGACCGCUGACGUCUGACGCAGAAACCAUGACCGAUUUUCCGUUUUACAUGGAGAGGGCGGUGGAUGUUGGCGAGUAUGGCGCUGAUAAUCAGCGACCUUACAGUGAUAUCGAUUUGAAAGACUCAGCAGAGAGCCCAUCCGCCCUACAAACAGAAAAUAGGCCCGAGGGAGUGGAUCUGUUGCAUAGUACAGGAACUCUUCUAAGGAAGAAGAAUGAGAUUAUUAGAGAAGCAAAGCGAAGACGCACAGCGCGAUCUAAAAAGGGACAACGUAGGGAUGUGAGCCGACGGUAUAACCUCGAUCCGGACUAUCCCGAUAAGACCCGAGAACGUGGCGAGAAGAAGUCGUUUUUCAGUAAAUUGUGUUGUUGUGUUAAACAGCAGGGUGCUGAAUACGAAGUAGAUGACGAACUGGGCAAAGCGAGAGUACGCUAUCACAGAUAG